ACGGGGCCUGAGGGAACCGCCGCUUCCGGCGUGCACCAUGGCAACGAAACAGCGCCGGUCCCGGCAUGCAUCGCGGCCCCACAAACACUACCGCUCCCAGCAUGCCGUGGGGCAGGCCCGCGGAAUCCGCGAGGUCCAAGAUGGCGGCGGCGGCGGCGGAGCACGUCGUGGCGGACGCCGGGGCCUUUCUGCGCGGGGCGCCGCUCCAGGACUUUGGUAGAAACAUUUACACUAUUAAGGAGGUGGUCAGUGAAAUCCGGGACAAGGAAACCAGGAGGCGACUGGCCGUGCUGCCCUACCAGCUUCACUUCAAACAGCCCUUCCCUGAGUACGUUAAAUUAGUGACAGAUUUUUCAAAAAAGACUGGCGACUACCCCAGUCUGUCAGCCACAGAUCUCCAGGUGCUAGCCCUAACCUACCAGCUGGAGGCAGAGACUGUUGGGGUGGCUCAUCUGAAGACAGAGCCAGAAAAAAAGGUUCAGUUGAGCUCCACCAUACAGCAUCCAGAGGCUCCUGUUCAUGUUGCAGGGUUCCACCUGCCUUCCAAGUCCAAGCACUUGGAGGAAGAUGCAUGUCUGUCCACAUCUGAAAGUGGCCUGCGUGCAACAGCAGAGGAGAGCCAAGAGUUCAGCUCCUUCCUGUACUGGAGGAACCCUCUGCCCAGCAUUGAAAAGGACUUGCAGGAGCUGCAGAAAGUUCACACGGCUUCCAUUAGCCCAGAGGUACCGGCAGGUCUCCAGUCUGGGGAGGAUCAGGAAAAUGCUGGGGAGGAUGGAAGUGAAGGGGACAGUGAUGAUGGUGAAGGCUGGAUAACUCCCGACAACAUCAAACGGAUCCAGCAGGGUAUGGGGCAUUGUGAUGCUCCUGCCAAUGUGCAGGUUGGCUGUGUGACCACAGACUUUGCCAUGCAGAAUGUUCUGCUCCAGAUGGGUCUCCACGUGCUGGCAAUGAAUGGCAUGCUGAUCCGGCAAGCCAGAAGCUACAUCUUACGCUGUCAUGGCUGCUUCAAGACAACGUCUGACAUGACCAGGGUCUUCUGUCCGCACUGUGGCAACAAGACACUGAAAAAAGUUGCAGUAAGCGUGGGCGCUGAUGGCACCCUCCACAUGCACUUCUCCCGCAACCCAAAGGUCCUGAACACACGAGGGCUUCGGUACUCACUGCCUGCUCCCCAAGGGGGGAAACACGCCAGCAACCCCCACUUGGCUGAGGACCAGCACUUUCCUCAACAGCGGCUUUCCCAGAAGGCAAGGCAGAAAACCAAUGUCUUUGACCCGGAUUACAUUGCAGGAGUUUCUCCCUUUGCAGAAAACGAUAUCUAUAGCCGUGCAGCCAACCUGCAGAUCCGGGAUGCAGCUCUGGGUGCAGGCCGGCGGCGCAUGAACCCUAACAUAGCGACCAAGAAGUUUGUGAGGAAGAGAUGAAGGGAGGGGACUCCACUGUGAUCUGGCUGCAUCAUGAGGGAAGGGCUGUUGACUCAGGGCAAUAAGCAAUGCCACACUUCCAUGUCUGGUCUCAGAAGGAUAAGAAUUGUCACUGGGCAUCCCAGUGUGAUUCCAAAGCUUGUUACGCUGGCUGGAUUCAGAGGGGGUUUGGGCCACUGCUUCUAUGCUCAGCUGGCCACCUAGCGAGCCAGGAGACACCUAUGGCUGGGUGGCAGCAUUGAGCCUGUUAAGUGAUUCUCUGAGAUGUGGAUUCUGAGCUGAGCUGCAGGAGGGAAGAAGGUGGUACUUCAUCAAACUAGAUCUGGAAAGCAAAUCUGGCUUUUAUCCACUCCUGCCGCUUUCCCCGAGCUGUAUAACCACGUCUGACACUUCGGCAUUUCUAAUAAAGAAGGGAAUUGCA